AUGCACCUAUCGGAUUUGCCAAAUGAGCUUGUAAUAUUGAUAGGCGAAUUUCUUGAUGAUGAAUAUUGCAUCAACGCACUCCUCCAAAGAUGCAGACGAUUUUAUCUACUACUGAAUCAUUCCCUCUACCAAUUUAACGUGCGCUACUCGCACGCCUGUUCUCUCGAAUGGGCUGCGAAAAAUGGCUACGAAGCAACUGCGCGAUAUGCACUGGAAGCUGGAGCUUCCCCUAAUGCCACUCACUAUGAAGACUGGCUUCCGAUGGCGCUAGCUUGCAUUCAUGGACACGAAGCUGUUGUGCGUUUGUUGCUAGACUACGGAGUCAAUCCAAAUUCAACUGAAAGCUGGCUUCAAGACCCUUCAAUUGAAGCCCGGAGCGAUGACGAAGGCUGCCCGUUGAUACUAGCAGCUGGUCGUGGGCAUGAAAAUGUUGUUCGGCUCUUGCUUUCUUACGGGGUCUCUCCAGAUAUCCGUUGUGAAGGUACCCACGGGCUUGAUAUCUCACCCCUUUCAAUGGCAGCAAGACAAGGCCAUCUAUCGAUUGUCAAACUCCUCGUCUCCCUCGGCUGCGAUGUUCAUAUCGAGGGCUGGGUUGGGUCAAGUAUUCUCGCUGAUGCGGCCUAUGGAGGCCAUUGCGGAGUCGUUCGGUUCUUACUAGAGACGAUCCCUGAUCUAGAGUCUCCUCAAACGGCUAGUGAAGCGCUAUUUAGGGCGGCCGAUGAGGGUCACUUGGAGACAGUCGAGCUUCUCCUAGAGCAUGGGAUGACUCCGACCCCAACCAUGGCAGGCCGGCCUCUACGUCCAUUGAUCAAGGCUGUACAACGUGAACACUACGUAGUAGUUGAUCAACUUCAGAGGUCUAUAGAUCUUCGUGCCUUUAUCGCGCACGGUGAGCCUGAUGAUGAUACCCAUAGACAGCUGCUCCUAGCUAGUGCUGCAUGCGGCUGGGAAGACCUAAUUGAAGAGUUGCUUGAGCGAGGCUGCUCAUCCGGUUUUCUUCACCCCCAGUCUAUGCUAUGGAGCAUCAAAGAAAAGCUCUCGGAACCGAUACAUCUUUCUUACCUAAUCCUACUCCACCCAUCGCCUCUAGCGUUGGCAGCCCAUCGAGGUCAUCAUAGGGCUGUCGAGCUGCUGCUCAACCACAACUCAUUGGUAAUUGAAAGAGAGCCAACCCCGCUGCUUUUAGCAAUUGACGGCGCCCAUACGGGGAUUGUCAAUACGAUUUUAAACAGCGGGGCAAAUCCAAAUCACCAAACCCAAAAUAAGGUCCCAGUGCUUUUUAAAGCUGUUCAAACGCCGGAAAUACUUCAAUUAUUGCUCGAUCGUGGAGCAGACCCUGGAAUAAAUGCAACUUAUGCCUUUAGUGCGCAUGAUCACGAAUCGAUUUUCGCGAGGGCGUUGAGAACUGGAAGUCUCACCGCGCUGCAUAUUCUACAACGGACGGCUUCAUUCAUACAGCCUCCGUGCGUUGAGGGCUCUCAUCCGAAGUCAUUCCUUGAGGCGGCUGCUCAAGGCGGCCCAUUGAUGAUACGAUAUCUUCUUGAUAGCAACUAUCAAGUUGUGCCAGGGAGUCAUGAAGUUGGGAGGGCGCUACGUAUUAUACUAUCUCGGGCAGAUACGGUCUCGUUGACUCUUCUAUUCGAGAGAGGACUAGUCGGCAACUUGACCGCAAUCGACAACGAAAGUUUGAUGGUGGUGGUAGAUUCACCAAACGAAGACUGUGAUGCUAUGGCUGCUACUCUGGACAUACUUAUAGCACAUGGAAUUGACGUCGAAGGGGGUAAAGAGUCCCCUCUGUAUGGUGUUGUUUUCAGGGAGAGAACGACCAAUUUCUGCCAACUAUUAUUGGAUCGAGGGGCCGACCCACUCCGAGCUCGUGGAAAAUUUGGCACCGCCCCUUUGGGAAAGGCAGCGAGGCAUGGGUACAAGAAUUUAUUGCGAAUUAUGCUGAAAAUUCUGGAUCGGCGGAACAUUCCACUUGAGGAAUUGCAACCGAAGUUGGCUGAGGCAGAGUGGGAGGCAGAGUUAGGGCAAGAGGACAUUUUGGUAGAACACGAUGUGCGACCACUUUUACGCCGUUUCUACUGGCGAAAAAAGUAUCAAGACAUGCCAACAUCCCGGCUAGACCGAGAGGGCUAA